GUUCCGGGGGGUAUAAAAGGCGGCGCGCGAGGCCCGGGCGGGCAGUCGCUGAGGAGACACCGGUAGAGGCGGAGGGAGCGCGUGCAGGCCCGGUCAGCAUGGCUGAUGAGGAGAUCGCUGCCCUGGUGGUGGACAAUGGCUCUGGCAUGUGCAAGGCAGGCUUUGCAGGGGAUGAUGCCCCCCGUGCUGUGUUCCCCUCCAUUGUGGGACGCCCCCGGCACCAGGGUGUCAUGGUGGGCAUGGGGCAGAAGGACAGCUAUGUAGGGGAUGAAGCCCAGAGCAAGAGGGGCAUCCUCACCCUGAAGUACCCCAUUGAGCACGGCAUUGUCACCAACUGGGAUGACAUGGAGAAGAUCUGGCAUCACACCUUCUACAACGAGCUGCGCGUUGCCCCAGAGGAGCACCCUGUCCUUCUUACUGAGGCCCCCUUGAACCCCAAGGCCAACCGGGAGAAGAUGACCCAGAUCAUGUUUGAGACCUUCAACACCCCAGCUAUGUAUGUCGCCAUCCAGGCCGUGCUGUCUCUCUAUGCCUCCGGCCGCACCACCGGCAUCGUCAUGGACUCUGGGGAUGGGGUCACCCACACUGUGCCCAUCUAUGAGGGCUACGCGCUGCCCCACGCCAUCCUACGUCUUGACUUGGCUGGCCGUGACCUCACCGACUACCUCAUGAAGAUCCUCACGGAGCGGGGCUACAGCUUCACCACCACGGCCGAGAGAGAGAUUGUGAGGGACAUCAAGGAGAAGCUCUGCUACGUCGCUCUGGACUUUGAGCAGGAGAUGGCCACAGCUGCCUCCUCCUCCUCCCUGGAGAAGAGCUACGAGCUGCCAGAUGGGCAGGUGAUCACCAUCGGGAACGAGCGUUUCCGAUGCCCUGAGGCCAUCUUCCAACCUUCCUUCUUGGGCAUGGAGUCCUGCGGCAUCCACGAGACCACCUUCAACUCCAUCAUGAAGUGCGACGUGGACAUCAGGAAGGACCUGUACGCCAACACCGUUCUCUCUGGGGGUACCACCAUGUACCCCGGCAUCGCUGACAGGAUGCAGAAGGAAAUCACCGCCCUGGCACCCAGCACCAUGAAGAUCAAGAUCAUCGCCCCACCGGAGCGGAAAUACUCCGUCUGGAUCGGGGGCUCCAUCUUGGCCUCUCUCUCCACCUUCCAGCAGAUGUGGAUCAGCAAACAAGAGUACGAUGAGUCCGGCCCUUCCAUCGUCCAUCGCAAGUGCUUCUAAGAGGGGCUGCUGGCAGUCACCCGAGGUGUCAACCUUCUCCUCCGUUGGACCAGAAUUGUUCGACUGUUAAUUAGUUUGUGUUUUAACCCAAUGUGUUGAGGUACCGAGUGUAGGCUGUAGUUCUCCUGGGGCUGGCUUAAGCUGCUCCUCCUCCUCUUCCUCCUCCUCUGGAGGCUUGCUCGCUUCUCCUAUGUUAACACUGGUAGGAUAACACUAAAGUUUAGACUUGUCACCUUUAGGUUUGUCACAACUGACUCCUUUGUAGGAAAACAAAUAAACUUCUUAGGCUUAAAAACCACAA